AUGGAUCCAACACAUUUACAAAAACUUUAUGCUCUCAGUCGCAAAGGACUGAAACAACUAGGUCAGAGCGAUCUCACCGAAGAAGUUGAAAAUUUGUUAUCUUCCUUACCGAAACAAAAUGGAUGGCUGACUUCAGCUCCUCUCUAUCAAUACCAAAACUUCUGGUACCCUGCUGUACAAUUACAAGCUUUGUUAAAUAUCCAAAGAAAUUUUCAAGCUCUUGAUACUGAUCUUGUGGUUGUCACAAACCCGAAAUGUGGUACAACUUGGUUAAAAGCAUUAUGUUUCGCUGUCGUCAACCGGUUCCAAUUCCAUUUUGACAAUACUACUUCCAAAAAAAGCCACCCUCUUCUUACAAACAAUCCUCAUAUACUUGUUCCUUAUUUGGAGUAUUUUUACAUGAUUGAUCAAAACCCGGAUCUUACUUGUUUAUCCUUAAGCACAACCCGUCUUUUGUCUACUCAUAUUCCUGACGCGUCAUUGCCUGAUUCCAUUAAGGAUUCAAAGUGUAAGCUAGUUUAUCUUUGUAGAGAUCCAAAAGAUACUUUCAUUUCAUUUUGGAAUUUCAGUAGCAAACUGAGACCCAAGAAUACAGAAGAUAUUUCAUUUGAAGAAGCUGUUGAAAAGUUUUGUGAAGGAGUUGUUGACUUUGGACCUUUUUGGGAUAAUGUUUUGGGGUAUUGGAAAAUGAGUUUGGAGAGUCCCGAAAGGGUUUUCUUUUUAAAAUAUGAGGAGAUGAAAAAAGAACCUAAAACUCAUUUGUUAAAGUUGGCAGAAUUUUUGGGUGUUCCAUUUUCAGUAGAGGAAGAAAAUGAUGGAGUACCCGAGGAGAUAUUAAAGUUGUGUAGUUUUGAUAACAUGAGCAACUUAGAAGUGAACAAGACGGGGAGGAUAGCAGGGAUUGGAUUCAGCGUAUAUUUCCGUCGUGGUGAAGUUGGAGACCAUGUGAAUCAUUUAACUCCUGGAAUGAUAGAGCAGUUUGAUAAGAUCACCGAACGAAAGUUUCUUGAUUCUGGUUUGAAAUUUUAAGUUUGUGUUAUUAUUACUAUUAUUAUUAUUCUGGUAAAUUUCAGUUUGAUCAUUUUCGAGGUGCU